AUCGAUGCGCUCUAUAGAAUUGGAAACAUCGAUAGUUUCGAUUGGGCCUUGUGUUGUGCCACCUCUAAUAACAGCUCUGUCCAGCUGUGCGGAUAAAAAAUCAUAAUCAGAAUAUCAGUAUUAUAACGCACAUUACUCCGGAGAGUGUAACAUGAGAGUUAAGUUAACUUCCCGCUUAAGUUAAGACAAAUCUAAGUGAAUAAAAAACAAAGAGAAUUGUUUUCGCUGAACAAGAAACAUAGAAAACAUUUGCGGCACUGGGAAGGAGUUCCGCCUUCAAAAGAGCUGAAAUGACUACGUAAAGUCCAAGGUUUAUCUGUUCGAAAUUCAGAUUUAAUUCUGCUGGCGACGGACCUUUUAUCACUUUCGGAAAACAAAACCCAAAGACACCGCAAAAAUGAAACUGAAACACUGGCGGCACAAGCGUAAAUAGUUAUUUGCCAACAGAUAACCGAAGGAGAAAGACAUCCUCCAAGUAGCGGAUAAAGAAGCUAAGUUCGUUUGGAAAACAUUCGAAAAACAGGAGAAAAAACAUGCUAGGUCGCACGCAAAGACUCCUGUUGGGCAUAUCAAUACUGGUACUAGUCGAUGUGGUUUGGGUCUCUUCCAGUGAGCUGACAAAGUUCCUGUACAAUGAGGCCAAUUUUGACAAGCCCUUCUUCUGCACAUACUUCAAAACCUCCAUGUUCAGCAUUUACCUACUAGUCAUCGGUAUCCUGGCUCCCUGGAAAGAGUCCUGCGAGCGACAAAAUGGAAACUAUGCUAUGAUGGAGCAGAAUGCAGACGACGAGAACUAUUACUCCAAUCAGGCUGUUUUGGGAGACCCAACCUAUGUGCCCAUCAGAUCGCCCCAUUUAGGUGCAGGAGCCACAGCCAAUGGCACCUCAAACUCCAUAUCGGGCACCGAAAGCGAUGAUUCCAGUGUAAGGAGUGUGCGCUUCAGCAAGAUGGCCGAGGUCAGAGAGAUGUCCGCCCACGAAGCCACCGAUGCCUUGAUGGCGAGGCUUUCGUAUGCCGCCAGCUUGAGGAUUAGGCGGCAAAAGACCCACCACAAAACGGCAAAGACGGCGCUACUCUUUUGUCUGCUCUGGUUUGCGGCCAAUUACUUCUUUCAGUUGGCCCUAGAAAUGGACGAGGCGGCCAUGAUAACACUGGUUAGCUCAACAUCCUCAUUCUUCAUUAUCUGCCUGGCAGCCGUGUUUCCCUCGGCAACAGGUGACAAGCUGACCAUUACCAAGGUGAUUGCGGUGGCUAUGAACAUUGGCGGUGUGGUGACCAUCACCAUGAACGACCUCCACGAUACAAAGAUGACCAGAGGCGUCCUCUUAGCCCUUUUCAGCGCUUUCUUCUAUGCUGCCUAUCUGGUUUUCGUGAAGCGAAAAAGCGAUACGGAGGAGAAGGUUGAUAUACCAUUGUUCUUCGGUUUUGUCGGUCUAUGGAAUAUGCUGCUAUUAUGGCCAAUAUUCUUCAUUCUCCACUUCACCAAAAUAGAAACCUUUGAGCUGCCCAGUCAAGGGCAGUUUGCGCUUCUGUUUCUGAACGGAUUAAUUGGCACUGUGCUGUCGGAAGCCCUUUGGCUGUGGGGCUGCUUUUUGACCUCCUCACUGAUUGGCACGCUGGCCAUGUCGCUACAGAUUCCGCUAGCCAUCCUGUUUGAUGUCCUGCUGAAGAACAAACCGUAUUCGUCCAUGUUCUACAUGGGCUCGAUACCCAUCUUUGUGGCCCUGGUGUUCGUUUCGCUAUUGAUGCGGAACGACGAUUCCGAUCCCCUGAUGAAGCUAUUUAGGAUUGUGUAUAGAAAAGUCUGCCGGUGCCAUAAGCCAAGCAUUGUUAGGGUCAACGAUGACGAACAACAGGAGUCGCUGAUAAGCAACAGCGAUUAAAGAAACGAUCGGAGGCGUUUUUUAAAAAUCGGGCUUCUACAACCUUUGAAUGUUGCUCAUUGCAAUGCAAUCUAAAACUUGGCUGUUUACGAGUUCGUUUCGAAUCGUUCUUAAAUCUUAUUGGGACAAGCCCUGCACAAUUUCUCCUCUGCCCUGAUUUGUGUUUCUCAUUUGUGCAUUUUUCGUUGGAUAUUAUUGUGUUGCGAACUUACGUACAACUAUUUAUUAUAAUCUUACAAGUGUAUUUAUUCUCUGUAAAUAGCUUUAUAUCCCACGAAUACCGUUUAUCUAUGUGAUAGUCUACAACAUUUUGCUGAACUCCACCUAUAAUUUAUUUCCUAGGUAUUCACAAUGCGCUUAGCUGUAUAAUUGUUGACUUCUCAAUACAAUAUGAAAAUAAGAAAACAUAUACACAUAUUGAUAACUUAUUACAAUAAAUACAAAUUGUCUACCGUAAGCUAUACAAAUUGCUGAGGUGUAUAGCCAAUCAGUGAUGAAUCAUUGGUAAAUCGGCUAGAUUAUCU